AUGACCUCGCCGUUCUUCCUUCUCCUCUCUCUACUCUACCUCAUCUACGCCGACGACAUCGACGAGGCAGAAAUCUACUAUCGAGGCGACGAUUUGGUUCUAGACGCCGCAAAGGGAGACGUCGUAAUGCGCCACAACGGUGGAAACGAAACAAGUCUGCUAAACAUGCAACAACAACUUCAAGUCAUGAAAAACGAGAUCUCAUCCGUCCUAGCAGCAAACUGCAAAGACAGAGCAAUGUGGCUUAAUGUGUCUUCAGAUGGUUGCAUGCUGUCCCUGCCUUUUUGUUUCGGUGAUGGACAGGUGUUAGUCUGGAAGAACACAACCCGUACACUCUCCUGCUCUUCCGAUCUUACUCAAAAGAUCGCAAACCUUGAGUCCCAAUUGAAAACGGCUCAUUCUCAGUUGGAAACACUUAGAUCAGACGCAGCAUCCAUGUAUGCUCGCUUGCUGGAGUUUAUUGCUUGCCAGAGAAAGGGCAUGAGCUAUAAUGAGACUCUGGACGUGUGUGUGCCCAUGGUGCCCGAGUGUACACGAGACGGUGAGAUUCUCGUCUGGAAUGCGGGUGAGAACCGCUACCGCUGCUCGGGUUUCCUCAUCGACUCCGUCGAUGCGCUCCAGACUGAACUAAAACGGUUGUCGAAGCUAGCGCCGAAGGUCGACCAGACGGGCAACACGCCCGAAACGGCGGGAACAACGUGCCGAGACGUGCUGCAAAAGCGCGGGAAGCUACCAAGCGGAUCCUAUUGGAUAGAACCAAGCGCGAGCGGUAACGCGAGCAAAGCGUUCCAAGUCUACUGCGACAUGCUGACGGACGGAGGCGGAUGGACGCUUGUGACGAUCGUCAAGGCGGCUAGUGCAUCGUACGAGAAGAAAUACCCAAUAAACGGAAUGAACGAAGACAACAUGUUGGCUGAUCGCACCGACAAGUGGGCUAGUCUCAGCCAAAUCCGACUCAAUCGAGUCCACAACGUAUACAACGACACGAUCAUGAGGGUUUACACGUCGGCCUUCAGCAGUCUGCAUACAGGUGAUCGAUCGUCCAGCCCACGCACGUACUACUUGAAAAAGAUGAAUAACGAAAAACUUAGCUUCAACGCGUUUCGUGCCAUUCGGUACGUGCCGCUGUGGGGUCUAAAGACUGCUGGCGACUACAAACUGAAUUACUUUCGCGACGGGUUGAGUAAUCCGUAUAAUCACAUGAGUCACAAUUUUAUCGACUCGACUAAGCUUAGCCAGAUGCAUCACUGGGAGUCGCACGUCGUGAGAGUAAAUGGGAGACCGUAUACAACCAGUAGGCAUGGAAUAGUGGGAGACGUGUUUAGUAACUGCGAGUGGCUCUACAAUUUCAACUUCCGUUCAGAUACGCACAUUUCGCACUUGAAUUGUAGAUCAGACGCUGUUGUUUACGGGAAAAUAUGGAUCAAGUAAAAUUUAGAAUUUUGUUCUAUGUGCUUGAACUUGAUAGAUUAUUUAGUAUGUCAUGCACAAUUAUUGUUUUCAGGUGCUGCUUGGUAGAUCACUGUUCUAGACUUUAGACUUAGCGAUAUAUAGCUACAUAUAUAGUCUAUAAGCUGCUCAAGAUAGAAUCUGAUCAAUUAGCAAUGUUGUGAUUAAAAUUGAUAUUACAAACACAUUCAUGUGCUUU